AUGCAAGCCUCCCUCGUGUCUGGCCGCGUGAAUGCCUCUCAAGUCCUCCCUUGUGUGACUGGGGCGCUCCUCAUUCGUCAUCAAAAGUCACGCGCCGCUGCGAUACCUUCAGAAUGGGUCUUGACACCAAUGCAGCUUCAAGAGACCAAAAACACUACGCGAAUCAUCGACUUGCUGCCAAAUAUACUGCCUUCUCAAGUAGUUGGGAUUACGGCGCUGAGCGCAACAGAGUUGGCAGUCCAGAUUAAAGAGAGACAAUUCUCGUCGGUGCAGGUGGCCGAGGCUUUUUGUCAUCGUGCGGCAGUUGCACAGCAGUUGACUAAUUGCCUGACUGAAAUUUUCUUCGCCAACGCCAUUGAGCAAGCUCGAAACCUUGAUCAUAUAUACGAGACUACUGGAAAACUCGUUGGUCCAUUGCAUGGAGUGCCAGUGUCGGUCAAGGACCAUUAUAACGUCAAAGGCCAGCCUACUACUGCCGGAUACAUCUCUUAUGCCAACCAUGCAGUCAAGAGUCAGGACGCUCAUAUUGUGGAGAUUAUGCGUAAUGCUGGCGCCGUCAUAUACGCCAAAACAAAUAAUCCGCAGUGUAUGAUGGUCUUGGAGACGGUAAGCAACAUCUACGGACGAACCCUCAACCCUUGGAACACUGCUCUUGGCGCCGGAGGUUCCAGCGGUGGCGAGGCUUCGCUCAUUGCCCAGCGAGGCUCACCUCUCGGCAUCGCAUCGGAUAUAGGAGGAUCCAUCAGAGUUCCGGCUGCAUACAAUGGCCUUUACGGAUUCAAGCCGUCGGGUAAACGUGUUCCCACCUCUGGCUGGGAAUGUACAAUGGCCGGUGCAGAGUCAAUCACGGCAGUUGCUGGUCCAAUAUCUCAGAGCGUACAGGACUUGGAACUCUUUCUCCAGGUAACACUCGAUGCACAGCCAUGGCUGAAGGAGCCGCUGCUUGCCCUCCCAUGGAAGUCACAGACAAAACACCUCGAGACGCAGAAGCUGACAGUCGGUCUGAUGCUUUGGGAUGAAGUGGUCCUGCCACACCCAUACAUUACAAGAGUGCUGAGGGAAACUGCCGAAAGUUUGAGGCAAGCGGGACACGAAGUAAUUGACUUUGCGCCCUAUGACCACAAGAGGGCGUGGGAUGAGAUUUUACUGCCACUAUACUUUACUGAUGGCGGCUUGGACAUCAAGCAGACCCUUGCCGCUGGAAACGAACUCAUGCUGCCAUCCGCCGAGAAACUCCUUUCCGAUCCAAUCGUGAAGCAUCGUUCAACCCACGAAGUUUGGAAGAAGUGGGCGGCCACAGCUCAAGCAAGCAGGUCGGGUAGGGCGAUGGACGUGCUACUCUGCCCUGCAGCGCCGCUACAAGGCACCCCCCAUGAUGUUAAGCCUUGGUGGGGAUACUGCGCGCAGUGGAAUCUUUUGGAUUACCCCAGCGGUGUGCUUCCUGCGGGAAGGGUCCUCGGCGACGAUGCCUAUCCGGAAGGCUACCAGCCAGUCAAUGACUUGGAUAGGGAGAAUGCUGCGCUGUAUGACAACAGCGUAUAUCUCGGCAUGCCAGUGGCUAUCCAGGCGGUGGCUUUGACACAUCAAGAUGAGAUGCUGAUGGGAGCGAUGGCUGUAAUUGACAAGCUUAUUAAUGUGAAAAGGUCCAUCUAG